AAGUACUGGCAUGUGCUAGAGAAAAAUAAAUAAAAACCAGAGUGCAUUUUAUAUUGCAGGUACUUUCAUUUCUGAACAAUGACAAUUUUGAUUAAUUUCUAUAGGCCGCGUGUUGAACAACCAUUUGCCCAUUUUAAAGAUGGCCGAAAGCUAUUUUCAAAAGAUUUUGUUACUUCCGACACAUGUUUUUUUGUACAAUUGAAUUUGUGACUAAUUAAGACUCUGAAGAGAGGGUUAUGUCGGGGAUCUGACAUCCGAGUAGGUGCACUUCCAGACUUGCUCUUAAAGGUCCAUGAGUGGUUGGUCCAAGCUAUUAAUAAAGUGUGAACAAGAUGCUUCCCCAGGGUAGGAUUCUGCUGGCUCGUGCUGCUGGCUACUGGAAGCCUUUAUUCAGAGGUCGAUUUCUGCUGAUUACUAACACUGUGAGCUGUGGGGCACUUCUGGGGAUUGGAGAUACAAUCCAACAGACACGUGAGAUUAGAAGAGACACUGAAAAACAGCGAGAGUGGCUGCGGACAGGUAGGAUGUUUGGUAUUGGCUGUUCAAUGGGUCCACUGAUGCAUUUCUGGUAUUCCUGGCUUGACCGUGCCUUCCCUGGAAGAGGAAUCAGAGUGGUUGUUCGGAAGGUGUUAAUUGACCAGCUGGUGGCCUCCCCACUACUAGGACUUUGGUACUUCCUAGGAAUGGGCUCCUUGGAAGGUCAGAGUUUGAAGAAGAGCUGGCAAGAAUUCCAGGACAAAUUUUGGGAAUUCUACAAGGCUGACUGGUGUGUGUGGCCUGGAGCACAGAUGAUCAAUUUCUACUUCUUGUCGCCAAAGUACAGAGUGAUUUAUAUCAAUGUGAUCACAGUAGGUUGGGACACCUAUCUCUCUUACCUCAAACACAGGAUCGACGGACUUGAAGAAAAUCCUUCUGCCACUAAGCAGAUCACAUCAAGCUCUGCACCUCUUCCAAAGACACCGGAUGAAGAGGUUAAGCAGUGACAGGAACCAGUAUGUACAAAUGUGUGCAUAACAAGAUUGUGCUGCUAGGCUUGCUCUAUGCUACAGAGUCAAAGCCUCUCCUGGAUAUGUAAAAGAUAUCUAUUGAACCUUACUAUUCUUUAAGUGGAUUGUCUCAGAAAGCCUUCCAUUAAUUCCUUUAGUGCCUGAGGGACCAGCAACAUGUUCCCUUUAUAUGUACAGACUUUAACUUGUUAAAGGCAGCUUUUAAAAAAAUGUAAAGUGCCAAUGCAAAGGAUUCUAAAAGUGUCUGACUGUGGAAUUUUAAGUUUUGCACAUGCCAUAUCGAAGUGCUUACACUUGACACCAAGUUUUGUGUGCCACUCUGCCCAGUCACUCCUAAUAUUUGAAAUGGUAAUGGACGUCUAAGACAAAUGUACACCUAGGUGACUGACCAAUUUAUAGUAUUUGGGCAAUUUUAUGUUUUUGUUUUUAAAUUCUGUUUGUUGUGUCUGACAGUGAAGUUCAACGAAUAGGCAUAUUUUUCCAUACAAGCAUAAAUAUGUACAAAAGAUUUUACUAUAAAUUUAAUAUAAAUUAUCUAUGUACACGGCUAUCCAUAAAAUUGUGUUUAUUUGUAAAUGCAUAGAUUUUUAUGUGAUUGUUAAUUGUAAGUGCUGCCGAGCACCUGAGUAUUACAAUGUCAGUAAAAAAUUGAAGUUUGACAACUUCCUGUAAUUUCUCAAAAAUGUAUACUGUAAUCAAAGUUCAUUGUAACUAUUUUUGUUAAAAUAAUAGAGGAAUUAUAUUUAAACUCUGUAAAACAUCAA